GCACCCGAUGCCGGGUGCGAACGCGAUGGCUCCUGAGGGACCAGAUGGAGGGGCAGUGGACAGUACCAUGAACAUGCUGCGAUGAUCAUUGUCUUUGGUAUCAUCGAUCCUCCGUGAUUUCAGCAUCGCUGCAAAAAUUCUCUCUCCUUGCUGAGCUGUGUGAGGAGAACAGAGGGUACCUGAAUCAAGAAACGAUGAAUUUGGAUGUCAUUGGAAACUUCACAGCCGAGGGCUCGGCGGUGUAUCAGGUCAGCUAUCCUCAAUCCAUGGCAAGUUCUAUUGUCCAGAGCUCAAACUGCGAAGGAGACGAAGAGAUGCUGGUCGAUGAGCCAGCUGCGCAAUAUGUGGCUGAGGGCGGCAACCCGAGCUGUGGCUCGCAUCGCAUCGAGGAGGCAGAAUCUGGGACAGCGACGCCUGACACGAACCCACGUACGAACACCAUGGCUGAUACAUGUGCUCCUGUCAAGAGAGAUGAUCAGUUUCCUCCGUCAAGAAGUUGGACCCCAAUGGCUAGCGAAAGUGAUUUGUCUCUGUACCUCACAGCCAGUGUUAGCAGCAGGAUGUCACUCGUGGAAGAACAUGAAGGUGCACUCCAGUCUGAUCAUGGACGAAACAUGGCAACUCUGCAAAAAUGGGAGGAUUUGCUCAAGUCUCGGCCGAAGGAUCCUAUGGCGUUCUACUGGAGGGAGAUGAUAGCCUGGUGUCGGGCGCGGGCCGGACGACCUUGCGUUGACGAUGACGAGCCAGCAGGGGCGAAACGAGUAGCAAACGUGAGCAACGAGUAUGAUGAGAGUGUAGAUAUGCUGGACAGGCUGGUCAAGAGAUGUCGAUGUAACGAUGAUGUCUCUUGUUUCCAAGCUGCUGAGCCGCACUGAUUUCUGGCAGUCAC